CGGGCGUGCGGGGCCGGGGCCCGGGCCCGCGUCCGCCCCGAGCUGGCGGGGCCAUGGCGGCCGCCGCGGAGCUGCAGGGGAAGUACCAGAAGCUGGCUCAGGAGUACUCCAAGCUGGACUCAAGCAUGUCAAAUGAAUACAGACUGCCCUUGAAGAAACCAGGAUUGAAGGAAUGAGAAGAUGGAACUGUUGGUAUCCUCAUUGCUGCAGGGUAUAGCUUCGAGCUCAGAACCAAGUACUGAAAAAAGGGGUUGUGGAUGAACAAGCGAACUCUGCUUCUCUGAAGGAGCAACUGAAGAUGAAGGAUCAAUCACUGAGGAAACUGCAACAAGAAAUGGACAGCUUGACCUUUCGAAAUCAGCAGCUUGCCAAGCGAGUGGAGUUACUUCAGGAUGAACUUGCAUUAAGUGAAACAAGGGGCAAGAAGAACAAAAAAAGUGCAGAAUCCUCAUCUCAGUUGAGUCAAGAGCAGAAAAGUGUCUUCAAUGAAGAUCUUCAGAAGAAGAUAGAAGAGAAUGAACGACUACAUAUACUUUUCUUUGAAGCAGAUGAGCAACACAAACGUUUAGAAGCGGAGCUGAGAACUAGACUUGAGGUUUUGGAAACUGAUGCUGCCCAGCAUCAAGCUGUGGUAGACAGUUUAACAAGGAAAUACACGGAUACCAUAGAAAAGCUGCAGAAUGAUAAAGCCAAAUUAGAAAUCAAGUCUCAGACACUAGAAAGAGAAGCUAAGGACUGUAGGCUUCGAACUGAAGAAUGCCAGCAACAGUUAAAGAAUCUUCAAGCAGCUUUGGGCAGUAGACUGGAAGAAUCUCUAUGCAUAAUCAAUGAAAAAGUACCUUCUAAUGACACAAGUAUGUAUUGCCUUGGUUUCUUGUUUAAUUUUGGGUACCCAUCUGGAGGAAGUACUCGUUAUGAAUUAAAAUGUAUUAGCUGUAAGAAAUAUUGGACAUCUGAACAGACUCCUGGAGGAUCUAAUCAAUACAAUGCUCUGAAUGUACCAUUGCACAACAGAAGAUAUCAGCUGAAGUUACGAGAUCUCGCUGGCCAGGCGCUGGCUUUUGUUCAAGAACUUGUAACAGCUCUUUUGAACUUCCAUACGUACACUGAGCAGAGGGUACAGAUCUUUCCCAUUGAUUCUGCAACAGACACCAUAUCGCCAUUAAAUCAAAAGUUUUCACAGUAUCUUCAUGAAAAUGCUUCAUAUGUUCGCCCUCUGGAGGAAGGAAUGCUUCACUUGUUUGAGAGUAUUACAGAAGAUACUGUGACAGUCCUGGAAACAGCUGUGAAAUUGAAGGCCUUCUCAGAACACUUAGCUUCCUACUUGUGCUUUUUAAGAAAGAUUCUUCCUUAUCAGUUAAAAAGUUUGGAAGAAGAGUGUGAGUCUUCUCUUUGCACAGCUGCUUUGAGAGCUAGAAAUAUGGAUCUACACAGAGACAUGAAAAGGCUGACUGCAAUCUUUGAGAAGCUACAUACAUAUGUUAGUCUUCUUGCGUUACCAAGUACAAAACCAACAGGACUUCUUAGGACAAACUACAACAUGGUGUUUACAAAUAUUGCUACAAGUCUUCAUGGGUUUCAUGACAUUUUAAAAGACAUUUCCAAGCACUACAGUCAGAAAGCUACUUUAGAACAAGAUGCUCCAACUGCCACACAGAAACUCUUGACUACAAAUGACUGUAUUUUAUCCUCUGUUGUGGCUUUAACUAAUGCAGCGGGCAAGAUUGCCUCGUUCUUUAGCAACAACUUGGAUCACUUCACUACUUCGCUGAGCUAUGGCCCCAAAGGAGGAACAGAGUUCAUCAGCCCUCUUUCAGCUGAGUGUAUGCUUCAGUACAAGAAAAAGGCAGUUGCCUACAUGAAGUCUUUGAAGAAGCCUUGUGCAGAUUCAGUGCCUUAUGAAGAGGCUUUGGCUAAUCGCAGAGUUCUUCUGAGUUCCACAGAAAGCAGAGAAGGUCUUGCGCAACAGGUCCAGCAGAGUUUGGAGAAAAUUGCAAAACUUGAACAAGAAAAAGAACACUGGAUGUUGGAGGCCCAGCUAGCUAAAAUAAAGCUAGAGAAAGAAAACGAAAAACUGAAGAACUCUCUUAGUGGACAUUUAACUGAAACUACACAAGAGCGUUCUGUUUUGACAAAUGUAGCUGAACAAAAGAAGGAAACCACAGAAAAGAGUCCAAGGGAACUUAUUAAAAAUACUAGCCUGAUUGGAAUGUUGGCUAUAACUACUGAUAAUGAAAAGGCUCCAGAUGGCGAGUCUCGUGAAGACCUGAUAAAAAACCACUAUAUGGCAAGGAUAGCAGAGCUUACAUCUCAUCUGCAGCUUGCUGACAGCAAAUCGGUACACUUUCAUGCUGAGUGUCGAGCACUUGCCAAAAGACUGUCUUUAGCAGAGAAGUCCAAGGAAUUGCUCACAGAAGAGUUGAAACUAGCUAGUCAAAACAUCAGUAGAUUACAGGAUGAAUUGAUGACAACAAAGAGAAGUUAUGAGGAUCAGUUAAGUAUGAUGAGUGACCAUCUCUGCAGUAUGAAUGAAACACUAACUAAACAAAGGGAAGAAAUUGAUACAUUAAAGAUGACUAGUAAGGGGAAUUCUAAAAAGAACAAGAAUCGAUAGUUACAGCUGAGCAACUGUCUUUAAAAGCUGCUGCUGCUGCACCGGAUGCAGUCAGUGAACGUUCAUUGUCCAGUUCCUGCUUGUGACAGGAAGCAGAGGUCGUAUUGGGUCGAGUAAAAAUUGAUUUGGUGCUGUAAAUGGCUUUAAAAUAUUUACAACUCGUAACGGAUACAACAGAACUUCAUGUUGGCCCUAAACCAGGAAAUACACACUCUGUGGAUAAUUUAUAUAGUAAUUAACCUUCAGUUUUUACUGUGCACUUUUUAAAACUAGGGUUUAAUUUCAUGGAAUAACUUCAGAUUUUGUAUAUUUUAAAAUAUGAUUAUUCAUUAACAAAUUUGGAUCAGUGCAGUAGUUGUCUAUUUUUGAGUUAUAUGUUAAAUUGUCAAUAUGUGUACAUUCCUUUACUUGUUAACAACAACCUAAAAAUUAAUUCUAAGACUUCUUUGGCCAUGCAAGCUGUGCAGUUACUGUAAGUGUCUUAUUCCUGUUCUCAGCCAUUUUGAAUUAAUUGGAAUUGUGGCUUUAAAUGAUUUCUGUAAAUUCACAUAACUAAAUGGGAUCACUGUUUUAUUUUAGACUGCAACAGUGGAAAAUUUUGCUGCUUGUAUUUGGCACUCUGGAUUUUGAAGUAAAGAGCACAAAUAACUGAGUUGGGUUACUUGUAUGAAAUUGCUUUAAGCCCUUAGGCAUUUUGUUUACACAUAUGUAUAAAUAUUGGUUGAAAUAGCUAUUUAAAGCUAGAGGAAAUUGUGAUCGUAAUUUGCCCCGGAAGAGUGAAGCAAUCGAUGUGUGUAGAAUAGAUCGGCUUACUGUGCUCUCUUACAGCAAAGAAGAAUGUGAAGUACGUAGAAGAUUUAAACACCGAAUUUGCAAAAUGUCUUCAUGGCAUUAAGUCCUGAUGGAUUCACUGUGGGGGGGAUGCACGUGGCUUUUCCUGUGUUUUGGGAAGUUUGCAAACUUUUAAGAUUUUGGGGUUUUUUAAGUGAAGUCUACUACCACCACAAGUUUUCACAGCAUUGAUUUUGAGAUUUUUUUUAAUUUACUUGGAUGCUGUUCUGCUCCAUACGUUACACUGAUCUUCGGUUCCAUAUUUUGCAUUGUGGCACUUAUUUGUCCCAUAAGGGUUUACUCUGAUAACAGCUGUGUUGAUAUGUAUUAUUAGUAUGUAAUAAUAAAAUCAACUACAUGAAACAA